AUGAUGAUGUGCACAAAAUCGAAUUUCCUCACAGUAGUUCCUUCACAUUUUCACCAUUUACUCGAAAUCUACUGAGAGUAAGAACUUGAAACUUUCACAGCACGAUGUUCUUUUCUGACUAUUCACAGAAUUACGGCGAUGGUGGCCCCGAUGACAGCGCGGACCCUGAAUUCAGUGAGAUAUUACGGGCCAGUUCGUCGGCAUCGUCUGCUGGUUCUGACGGGGAUGUUUUGAUACGGGAUGCAAUGGAGUUUGCUACCAAUGCUACACAGUGUGAUCGAGCUGGACAGUAUCAAACUGCUAUAUUUUAUUAUGCUGAAGCAAUCCAAGCUAUGUACAAUGCAUCUCUGGCUGAUCCCAAUCUCAAUCUUGCUGAACGGUAUUCAGAUUACAUCAAGCGAGUCCGGGAACUACACCAGAUUGUUCAGAGGAAUUCUGGCUCGGCGAUGACCCCAGUGAAGUCUGAGGAACAAGUGGCAUCCGAGAGGGCAAACUUCCUCCUCAAGCAAGCAUUUGAAGAAGAUGAACAAGGGAACACUGAGGAGGCAACAGAGUUGUAUCUUAAUGCUGCCGAGAUGUGCAUUGGAGCGGCCAAAUCCAGCACGUCGGGAAAUACAAAGACAAAGCUAAACAGACUCGCCAAGCAAGCUCUAGACAGAGCUGAAGAAUUGAAGAAGAAAAAUGAGCCAGUACUGAAUCUUCCAGAGCCUCCAUCUUCCCUUCCAGAUCUCUCUCCGAGCGACAAGCCUGACAGAACAACUCCUCGCUCGUCACCCCACCCAUCACCCCACCCUUCACCAAAACCAUCCCACAGAAAUACCCUUGAUACAGGAAUUGGUAGUGGCUCAAUUCCAGGCAGUUCCAGUGUUGGGUCUAAUGAUGGGCGGUUGACUGCAUUAGGAGGAAGGGGUGGUCCAACUGGAGGAGGGAGGGGAGGAGGUGGAGGGGGCUCGUAUUCAGCUGAGGAGAUUGCUGUGUUAAGGAAAACUUCCUACAUCAAUAACCGUGAAUUUCUUCCGUUCAUGUCGCAAGCCGACUUGAAAGAAAAGUUUGCCUUUUCAAUUCCUUUCACGGAUAAACUUGGUAAGCUAGCCUUAGCCGGUAAGCAGAAGGAUCGAUUAGCCAAGUGGGCUCGACCAUCAGAUUUCUGCUCCGAUCCGCAAAUGAUAUUUGCAGUGUCUGCCUUCAGUAUAAAACAGACAAUUGUCCAAGAUUGCUCCUUCCUUGCCUCGCUAGCCAUCUCAGCGAACUACGAGAGACGGUUCAAGCAUAGCCUUAUUACUAAAAUAAUUUAUCCACAAGACAAGCAAGGGAAGCCGCUUUAUAACCCUUGUGGAAAGUACAUGGUCAUCCUUCAUCUGAAUGGAGUCAAGAGAAAGAUUAUUAUUGAUGACUAUCUGCCGAUGGACAAACAUGGCGCCCUCCUGUGCUCGUUCUCUAACAACCGCAAUGAAUUGUGGGUAUCGUUGCUUGAGAAAGCCUACAUGAAGGUCAUGGGGGGUUACGAUUUCCCAGGAUCCAAUUCGAAUAUUGACCUCCACGCACUGACGGGUUGGAUACCUGAAAGAGUAGCGAUUCGACUCGACUCAACAGAGUUCGAUCAGAACAAGCUCUUUGCUAAGCUCAAGGAUCGCUUCCACAAGGGAGACGUCUUGGCUACCAUGGCAACGGGAGUGAUGUCAGAUGCAGAGGGAGACCGUGCUGGACUGGUACCCACACAUGCCUAUGCUAUGCUGGAUAUACGGGAAAUAAUGGGCAAGAAGUUACUACAACUCAAGAAUCCUUGGAGUCAUUUAAGAUGGAAGGGACGAUUCUCAGAAGGAGAUCAGGGGAGUUGGACUCCAGAACUACAAACUCUCAACUUUGACCCCAAGAAUGCUCAACAAUUUGAUAAUGGUGUGUUUUGGAUUGAUCUUGAUUCCCUCUGCAAUUUCUUUGAUGUUGUCUACAUGAACUGGAACCCUCGACUCUUUCCUUAUACAUAUGUCAUCCACAACACAUGGAAGGCAGGAGAGGGCCCCAAGAAGGACAACUUCAACAUCUCGAACAAUCCCCAGUACAGACUCGAUAUACGAGGAACUGGUGCAGUGUGGGUCCUACUUACAAGACAUAUUACAGAUAAGGAUGACUUUGCUGACAACAAAGAGUUCAUCACCUUGCUAGUCUACAAAGGAGGCAAAAAGGUCUUCUAUCCCAACGAUCCUCCUCCUCACAUUGAUGGAACGAGAAUCAACAGUCCCCACUACCUCUGUAAGAUGCUCCUUCAGGAGAAAAGCAUCUUUAGUGUUGUCGUCUCACAGUUUGAGAAGAGUAACAACAUCCACUACUCCCUAAGGGUUUACAGCACGUGUGAAUUCAAACUCAGUAAGAUGCCAGAGCCUUACACAAGUACCAAACAGAUAACUGGUGAAUGGAAAGGUCGAACGGCCGGUGGAUGUGCCAACUCUAGAACUACCUUCACAAAUAACCCAAUCUACCAGGUCACCUUGCAAGACAAGACAAAGGGAAACUACUUCAUGAUUGACCUCAAAGGACCCAGGGAUUAUCAUGUAGGAUUUGAGAUCGUUGUGAUUGCAUCGGAUGGUCCAGGGACAACUGCAUUCAAUAAACAGAUGACGGGUGACUACAGGCGUGGGUUCACCAUCUUGCAACUCGAUGAUCUACCUGGAGGAACGUAUAACAUCAGACCAACGACGUUCAGUGCAGGACAGGAGGGUCCGUUCUUUCUUACUUUAUCGGCGUCCUGCCAGAUGAAGGUAGCGCAGCUUCAAUGAAAACUCUUUGUAAGAAUAGACCUGGAAGAGUCAAGAACUUGAUGAAGAUUACAGAGAGUUAUAAAGUUGAUCCUGGUUAUUCUGUAUGGUUGGAGAAAGAAGUGAGAAUGAGAAUUUUAGUACUGGGAACAGAUUCUAGCUGACUCAGAAUUAUGUGCUUUCUGCACCCUGCUGUUCUGGAAGAGCCAAGAACUUCAUGAAGAUUAAAGAGAGUUAUAAAAUGGCAAGAAUCCUGGUUACUCUGUACGACGAGCGAACAAAGAAUCACUAUGAGAAUUAGAACUGGGAAUAGAUUCAUGCUUACCUCCGAAUUCUGCUCUUACUGCACCCUGCUGUGAACUGUGUGAUUCCACGUAGUCUAAAUACAGAAUUCUGUGCUAAGUAGUGCCUUGAAGUUGGGUCCUCACCAAGGCCCAAUUUUAAAGAGCUGCUGAACUGCCAAUUGUGCUGAAUGUGUGUGUCACAAUUUCAUAGUGCUGCUAACUGUGAGCACACAAAAAGGCAUGCUAACAUUCCAGUGCUUAUUCUGUAUGAAAAUAAAUGACGUAACAAUGCAAAUCCAUCGUGAACGCACAAGCCAGCUGCCUGUAUUCAGGCUAACCUGUGAAACAUGCUUUUGCAUUAGCAAUUUCUUUCUGCUAUAGUUAGUAUGAAUAUACCGUUAAGCAGUGCUACCAUUACUGGGUGGUUCACUUCCUCGCAAUAUGGCACUGUGAUAAUGGGAAAAAUUUGGGAUGACAUCAAGUCUUUGAAUUAUGUGUAUUUACAAAAUUAAUAGUAGUGCAAUUGCUAUAUUUUUUUUUUGAGAAAGAGACUAGUAUUCAAUAUUUGAGAUAUGAUUAUUUGUAAGCUAAUAAAGAGAUUCAUUUCUUGGGAACAAGGUUUUGUAAUAAGAAGGGAAACGGACAUACAAAAUGACUUUGAAGGAUACUCCAGAGUUAAACAUUGUAGUCGCAGACACCUUUAUUCUUUAAGAAUCUGGUGGAAAUGCCAAAACUUGAUAUGUACAGACUUAAGUUUACAAUAUUU